AUGUCGCAACAGCGUUGUGCCAAGCUCGCUUGCAUUGUUUUUUUGCUUCUCGUGAUCGCUCAAGUGUCCUAUGCUGAGCUUUUCGACACACUCACCGAUCUUUCUCCAAAACCACCCACCACUCUCACUAUUCAACCAGAGAGUAAUGGCUGGUGGAUUCAGUUAAAAGUUACACCACCCAGAGUAACCAAAAGAAUUAGAGUGACAUUUAGUUCUGGUGGACAAACUGAAACAGUGUUUGCUACAUCUCCUUCGUGGGACUCGACACAGUCCUAUUUCACUGCCAAGACAACCAAAGAAAUUCCAACCAAUUCACAAGUGAAAUUUACAGUUAUUAAACAAAAUGGUAAAGCAGUUCGUGUGAGCAUGCAAUGGCGAAAGGGAAAUCGCGCCUCCUUGAGGUCUUCCUCCAGCAACAGUAAUAAUGACAAAGGAGGCUCGAAAGGCUCUUCUGAUGCAUCAGGUCGUAAAAUUGCCUAUGCCACAUGGUAUGACGAAAAGGCAGCUGGAACUCCUGUUUGUGGAUUCAAAACCAAUUAUUGUGGAGCUCCAUCCGAUGCCUUUAAGGGACUUGGAGAACGAGUAGGUCCUUGUUGGGGAGCAAGCGCUUCCAAGACAUGCCAAAAUUGUGCCAAAGGUUAUUGCUAUGGACCCAGUUGUCAGGCUCCUCAAUGUAAGAAAGGAGGAUGCGGAAUCAAAAUUAAAUUAUGGUGUGCUGAUACUGCUCCAGGAGCUUGUAAGACGUCCGAGCCAAUUAUUAUGACAGUGAAUAACGUGUGUCCAAAGAGCCAUCCAUGUAAUACUUGUAAGGGAAAGCAUAAUCCAUGUGCCCGAAGCAAUCAUUUGGAUUUAUGCCAAAAUACAUUCUUUGCAUUGGCAAAUCAUCAACCAAGAAGAAAGGGGCUGAGAAUUGCUUAUCAAGUUCUUGGCAAGUAA